AUGGAGUGUGGAAAUGAGGCAGUUCUUAUUCUCAGCGUUCGAAAUACAUGCCUGCCCGACCGUCCAGGACGGGUUAUUUUCAACACAGACUGCCAGAUUCUUAAAUUCACCAGCCCGACGGUCAGGGUAGUGUUCUGUAACAACACUGGUUUUGUGUGGGAUAUCGCACCUGAAUUCCGAGCUCUCCUUGUUUUUGCUGAACACAGAUACUAUGGGUCAUCCAUACCCUAUGGUUCACAGGCCUUUAAGGACCCCAGCAAGUUGAACUACCUAACCUCGGAGCAGGCUCUGGCUGACUUUGCUGUGUUAAUCCGAUACCUCAAGUCCUCCAUUCCUGGGACAAUGGAUAGUCAAGUCGUUGCUUUUGGAGGCUCGUAUGGAGGAAUGUUGUCAGCAUGGAUGAGGAUGAAGUACCCUGGCACAGUCAUAGGUGCACUAGCAGCCUCGGCUCCUAUCUGGGAUUUCACUGGUCUGACUCCAUGCUCGGCCUUGAUGAACACAACCACCCAGUCCUUCUUGAGGGCUUCACCAGAGUGUGUGGAGAACAUCCGUCAGUCCUGGUCAACCAUCGAUAAAAUAGCUGCCACAGUGGAUGGCAGGAGCUUCAUCUACAACACAUUUCACCUGUGCUCCCCUCUGAAGACGACGGCAGAUGUUGCUAACUUCAAGGCAUGGCUGAGUAAUGCUUGGUUUGACCUGGCAAUGGUGAACUACCCAUACCCUGCCAACUUCCUGGAACCACUACCUGCUUGGCCAGUAAAGGCUGUGUGUGCCCCACUGGGAAGUCCCCUUCAGGACAAGCUGCUGAUGCAGGGGCUGUAUAAGGCUGUGAACAUAUACUUCAACUACACCGGCCAGGCGAAAUGCCUCAACACUUCCCAGGAUGCCACUGCCAGUCUUGGGGAUGCCGGGUGGGGCUAUCAGGCGUGUACAGAGAUGGUGAUGCCAAGCUGUGUUGACAGUUCAUCAAUGUUUGAGCCGACCACAUGGAAUUUCACCAGCUACAGCGACAGCUGCUACUCCUCCUACAAGAUGAGACCACGUCAGGACUGGGUGUCAACACAAUUUGGUGGCAAGAACAUUGCAGACUCAAGCAACAUCAUUUUCAGCAACGGUCUUUUGGACCCGUGGUCUUCUGGUGGUGUUCUCAACUCUGUGUCGGACACCCUGAUAGCCAUCCAGAUCCCAGAUGGAGCACACCAUCUUGAUCUGCGUGCUGCCAACAAGGAAGACACAGCUUACGUGAAGGCAGCUCGCACACAGGAGAAGAACAUCAUCCGAUUCUGGAUCAGCAGUCUCUAGUAGCCUGAGAGUUAACGUAGAGUGUUUUGUCGAAAUUUUGCCCAUAUACUUAUAUUUUUUUACAAAGAUGAAAACAACAUUCACGUACUUGGGUACUCAGCAGUCCAGUGUGUUCUUUAACCCUCUGACUGUGUGCCCCACAGAACAGAAAUACCUGCUGCUGGGUCCUCUGAUAUACAGGCAGCACAACAAGAUAGACAGCCUCCUGAAUGGGUUGCUUGUUAUAUUGUCUCUCCACUUACAUUCCCCAGUCUGUGAUAUGGUCACUUACCUUCCUGCUCCACAGUCACACAUUGCUGGUACAUCAGAACACACAUUACUGGUACAUCAGAACCCACAUUGCUGGUACAUCAGAACACACAUGGAUGGUACAUCAGAACCCACAGUCACACAUUGCUGGUACAUCAGAACACACAUGGAUGGUACAUCAGAACCCACAGUCACACAUUGCUGGUACAUCAGAACACACAUGGAUGGUACAUCAGAACACACAGUCACACAUUGCUGGUACAUCAAAACCCACAGUCACACAUUGCUGGUACAUCAGAACCCACAGUCACACAUUGCUGGUACAUCAGAACACACAUUGCUGGUACAUCAGAACCCACAGUCACACAUUGCUGGUACAUCAGAACACACAUUGCUGGUACAUCAGAACACACAUGACUGGUACAUCAGAACCCACAGUCACACAUUGCUGGUACAUCAGAACACACAUUGCUGGUACAUCAGAACCCACAGUCACACAUUGCUGGUACAUCAGAA